GACCUGGCCUUCAACCACUCGUCGUCCGCCUCGGGCCUGGCCUUUGGCAUCUCCUCGACAGGCAUCGCGAUCGCCCCCAAGAAUGGCUUCUCGCCCGUCAACGCAACCGAUCUUGAUCGGCUCUAGAUCAAAGCGGGUCCGCAACAGCAUCCAGCCAUAUUUGGGUCUUUGUCUCCCUCGCGGCAACGCUGGCGCACCUUGGACUCUUUUGCUCCUGGCGUUUUGCACCUGUUUGAGCCACGACUGAUUCCCCUUCCCUUCUUGCUCCAUUCUACACUCUGCACUGCUCUACCGUCUUGCUGUCGCUCGGUUGAUAUAGAUGAUGUCCAUCCUUGCACAUGCUCCCUUUGUUGUUUUGCGCUUUUGGCCUUCCCAUGCUUCCACCACCUUCACUCGCGCAUCGCUCGCACCUCCUCCUUUCCAUUUUUUUCGUUCCCCAGCCAAGCCUUUCUUCCGCACAUUUCCUUGGCGGCAUCACUUGCCGUUGUCCAGAUAUAUUCCAGAUCCGCCAGAGUCCCAAGAAUCUUGCUCUCCUCGAUGUCAUUCCCGUCUGAUGGCCCCCCCCCAAUCCCUUUUAUAUCAUUGGCCAUAUAUCGAUUGUCCGUGCAACCAUACGCUCUCAUCGCCCUCGCCACGAAUCAGUCCUCUUGCCUUCUUCUUGCUCAGUACUACCACCGUAUCCCCACACUCAUGCUCGCUCAUCGUCACUCCAUCCCUUGCGUUCAGUUACCCACGCUGCCAUAGCAGUCCAUGUGGUUUCCUUGUUUGGUCCGUCUCUCCUCGUCCUCUGUGCACUGACACGGCUCCCCAGCCCAUGCAUCAAUAAACAUUUCAUCGGCGAGGUUGGAUUCAAGCCCCCGCCCAGUCCCUUGUA